AUGGAGAUGGUGAAAGAAGCCUUCGUAGAAGCAGCAGACGCCUUGUUUCGGGAUUACACAAACAAAACAGAAAUAGUAAACGCUAUCAAGGCCGUCCAAUUAUCACGGAGCACAGUCACACGUCGCUGUGAAGUCAUGGCUGAGGAUUUGACCCAGCAACUCAGGAAGGACAUAGAAGACUGCGAGUGUUUCUCACUCCAACUAGACGAGUCCACUGACGUGAGCGAUACAGCACAAUUGUGCGUUUUUAUCCGGAUGGUGUUCACAGACAUGACGGCGAAAGAGGAACUGCUGACAAUUCUGCCAAUGAAGGAACACACUCGGGGCGAGGACAUUUUUCGGACGUUUAAAAACUUUGUUGACAAAACUAAACUCCCCAUGUCUAAGUUGAGUUCCAUCACAACGGAUGGUGCGCCUGCGAUGGUGGGCCGGUGUAAUGGCUUCAUCGCAAAAUGCAGAGAGGACGACAUAUUCCCUGACUUUCUGAAUUAUCCCUGCAUCGUACACCAGCACGCACUUUGUGCUAAAAUGCUGAACAUGAAAGAGGUCAUGGAUGUGUCACUUAAAGUGGCCUGUUCUAUUCGGGCAAGACCUCUUCAAAGACGGCUGUUUCGUGCAUAUCUGGAGGAUGCCGACUGUGUUCACACUGACCUCUUACUACACACCGACGUAAGAUGGCUGAGUAGAGGCAAUUUUCUCGAGAGAUUUCGAGUGCUUCUACCGGAGAUAAAGGCAUUUCUCCAUGGCACCAAGCUCGCGGAGUACGCACGUCUAGAUGACGAGGAGUGGCUGUUAGAUCUGGCGUUCUUAACAGACAUUACACACAUGUUAAAUGAGCUGAACUUGGAGCUACAAGGGAAAGACAGAACUGUGGUUAACAUGAUCAGCUCAGUUAAUGCCUUCAAACGAAGACUGCAUCUGCUGUGUUCAAAGCUGCAGCGCAAAGAUUUGGCCAACUUCCAAAACAUCGCCUCUGAGCUGGAGAAGCAAGGGAAGGACAGCGCGCUCCUUGACAGUGCGCGCUACACAGAGCAAGUCAAUAACAUUACAUCUGACUUCGAGAAACGCUUCCGAGACUUCGCUUUGCUCGAGCCAAUCGCCACAUUCAUGUGCUAUCCAUUUAGUGAAGACCAUGAUAUUGAUUCGCUGGCCCAAAACAUCGGAGCAGUGUUUCAUCUGAACCCGUCUGCGCUGCAGGAUGAGAUGUUGUCGCUGCAGGCCGACAUCCAGUUGAAGGCGCCCUCACCUGACCAACAGACUCUCAUCAGAGCGGUCCUGACCAACGGAGUCGCUGGAGUUGGAAAAACCUUCUCAGUGCAGAAGUUCACUCUGGACUGGGCCGAGGGUUUGGGAAACCAAGAUGUCAGUCUGGUGAUCCCGCUCUCCUUCAGGGAGCUGAACCUGAUCAAAGGUAAGCAGUACAGUCUUCUCAGGCUGCUCCAUGUUUUCCAUCCAACCUUACAGAAGGUCACAGCAGAGCAGCUGGCUGUCUGCAAAGUGCUGCUCAUCUUUGACGGCCUGGAUGAGAGCAGACUUUCUCUGGACUUCAGAAACAGUGAGGUUGUGUCUGAUGUCUCACAGAAGUCCUCAGUCAACGUGCUGCUGACAAACCUCAUCAGGGGGAAGCUGCUUCCCUCAGCUCUCGUCUGGAUAACUUCCAGACCUGCAGCGGCCAAUCAGAUCCCUCCUGAGUGUGUGGACAGGGUGACAGAAGUACGAGGCUUCACUGACGCCCAGAAGGAGGAGUACUUCAGGAGGAGAUCGAGUGAUGAAGACCUGUCCAGCAGAAUCAUCUCUCACAUCAAGAGCUCCAGGAGCCUCCACAUCAUGUGUCUGAUCCCAGUCUUCUGCUGGAUCACUGCUGCAGUUCUGGAACACAUGUUGACUACAGACCAGAGAGGAGAGCUGCCCCAGACCCUCACUGACAUGUACUCACACUUCCUGCUGGUCCAGACCAAGAGGAAGAAGCAGAAGUAUGAAGAGGGACAUGAGACGAGUCCACAGCAGCUGACGGAGGCUGACAGGGAGCUUCUUCUGAAGCUGGGGAGGCUGGCGUUUGAACAUCUGGAGAAAGGAGACAUCAUGUUCUACCAAGAAGACCUGCAGCGCUGUGGCCUUGGUGUCACCGAGGCCUUGGUGCACUCAGGAGUUUGUACAGAGAUCUUCAAAAGAGAGAGUGUGAUCUUUGAGAAAACAGUCUACUGCUUUGUUCAUCUGAGCAUUCAGGAGUUCCUGGCUGCAGUCUACUUGUUGCACUGUUACACCAACAGGAACAAAAAGGUCCUGAAGGACUUCCUGCAGAGUGAUCAGGAUUACUCAUCCCUGGAUGUCUUCCUGAAGAGAGCCAUGGAGAAAUCCCUCAGAAGUGAAAAUGGCCACCUGGACCUGUUUGUCCGCUUUCUCCACGGCCUCUCUCUGGAGUCCAACCAGAGACUGUUAGGAGGCCUGAUGGGUCGCACAGACAUCAGACCAGAAACCAUCCAGAGUGCCACCAGAGGCCAGCUGGGUCGCACAGACAUUAGACCAGAAACCAUCCAGAGUGCCACCAGAGGCCAGCUGGGUCGCACAGACAUCAGACCAGAAACCAUCCAGAGAGCCAUCAGCAACCUGAAGGAGAUGAGCAGUGAUGAAAUCUCUCCUGACAGGAGCAUCAACAUCUUCCACUGUCUGACAGAGAUGAAGGACCACUCAGUACAUCAGGAGAUCACAGAGUUCCUGAAGUCAGAGAACAGAUCAGAGAAGGAACUCUCUGAGAUCCACUGCUCUGCUCUGGCCUACAUGCUGCAGAUGUCAGAGGAGGUUCUGGAUGAGUUGGACCUGGAGAAGUACAACACAUCAGUGGAGGGACGACGGAGACUGCUUCCAGCUGUGAGGAACUGCAGGAAGGCCAAACUCACUGGCUGUGGACUCUCAGAGACUGGAUGUGAAGUCGUGGCCUCAGCUCUGAAGUCUGACUCCUCCCACCUGAGAGAUCUGGACCUGAGUAACAACGCUCUGAAGGACUCAGGAGUGGAGCGUCUGAGUUCUGGACUAAAGAGUCCAAACUGCAGACUGAAGUCUCUCAGACUGAGUCGCUGCUGGUUGUCAGAGAUCAGCUGUUCUGCUCUGGCCUCAGCUCUGAAGUCCAACCUCCAUCUGAGAGAUCUGGACCUGAGUCUCAACGAUCUGCAGGAUUCAGGAGUGGAGCUGCUGGGAGAUCUUCUGGAGAGUCCAGACUGCAGACUGGAGACCCUCAGUCUGAGGAGCUGCUGUUUGUCAGAGAUCAGCUGUUCUGCUCUGGCCUCAGCUCUGAAGUCCAACCUCCAUCUGAGAGAUCUGGACCUGAGUCUCAACGAUCUGAAGGAUUCAGGAGUGGAGCUGCUGGGAGAUCUUCUGGAGAGUCCAGCCUGCAGACUGGAGACCCUCAGGAUCGGAUAUAAUGAUGAGACGUUCAGAGCCACGAUCCAGAAGACCUGUGACAGGAAGUGAAGACACACAGGAAGGUCCCAGAGGGCUACCUGUUGACCCGUGUCCAUCUCAAAAUGGUCCCCAGGCAUCCCAUAAUCCUGCGUUUGGGGGGGAGACGUUCUCCCUGUAAUCAAAGCACUGGUUCUCUUGGAGACGCUCUCAAAGUCUUUGAGGACAAAGUCAGAAAAAGCCAAGAAGAAGAAAUGAUUUGAGCUCUUCUUUGUGUUCAUCACCCCGGGUUCAUUUAAAGGUCUCCUAUCAGGCAAAAGUCACUUUGUGAUGUCUUUUAUACAUCAACAUGUGUCCCGGUGUGUCAGGAGACUCACGCAGCGUCAGAAAAUAAAACCCUUCUCUUUUCCUCCGUACCCACAUCUCUAAAAACGGGGCUACAACGGAGCUGAUCCAGAUGUGCGUCCGAUAUGACGUAAUAUCAGAAAUGUGGGCGGGCUUUACGCCCACGGCCCUAUCAGAAAGUUGCUGUCAGAAACCAUGCGGAACGUAAUAUGGUCUGUGUUUACAUUAGCAUCGCUAACACUCAGAGCUAACCUGUACUGGAGAGCAUGUGUGUGAAGAAGCAGGAAGUAAAAAGGAACUCACCUUGUGGUAUAACCGGCAAGAGAGAAAAAGAGUUUGAGCUCCAAACUGUUUCAGAGAUAAUCCUUGAUGUGGUUUGGAACAUGAUGGCGUUUAAUCACCGCAGCGUUUAGCUUUAUCUCCAGAGAAUACUGAGCAGGCAAAAGCUUCCCCUCCUUUUUUUAUAAAGCUAAGGACCCAGAAUCAGUGUUUCUCUAACAGCUGGAACAGAGGGAUAUGAGGGAUUCUAAAAUGUAUGAUCUGUUUGGUAUUUUCAGCAAAAACCUUCAUAGACAUUUGGGCUGGGAAUCACCAGGCUCCCCACGAUACGAUACUAUCACGAUACUUAAGCCACGAUACGAUAGUAUUGCGAUUCUACGAUAUGCUAAGUAUUACGAUACAAUAUAUUGCGAUAUUGCAAAUCACAUGGGUCGUAUCCAUGUCCGUCUUCCCUUCCUGGUUAAAACAUGUAUUUGCAAAAUGAAUAGUUUAUGUAAAUAACCCAAUGUGUGUUAUUAGAACCUGAAAAGGAGAUUGCAUUGUUUUUGUUGCUUUCAUUGCAAUUGUAUUCAUGUCUUAACGUAACUUCCUGUUUUAUAUACGACCAUCUUUCGAAGGAAUAUGCUAAAGUGUAUAUUGCAUAAUAGGAAACCUUUAAUAUCCAAUCAAAUGUUCUCGUUGAUUUGUAACUCUUCUAAAGGAGCUCUGCCUGGUGUCAUUGAAACUGCUAAAGCUUUGUGUGCAUGUAGUCUUUAUGACAUGUGAUCAGAUAUUGUUGAAACCUAUUAGAUGUGUUCUCUUCAGAACCGCUACAGGAUGUGGAUUUUGUAAAUUGUGGCAUUUAAAAAAAAUAUAUCUUUAAUAUUUGUUGUUAUGCUUCUUAGUUAACGUUAAGCUGUCUUUGGCUCUUUCUGCUGGAACAAAUGUACAUGUACCCUCUGUGGGACUAAUAAAGGUUUUCUGACUCUG